AUGCACAGAUUCGAUAUUCUUCUACUUUCCACCCUUGCGUUGGGAGCUCAUGCCACGAGCCAUCCAUCUCUGCCAACUGUUGAUUUGGGAUACCAAGUCCAUCGGGCUAUAUCAUACAAUGACACAAUCAAGGCCUACAACUUCACGAACAUCCCCUAUGCAGAGCCUCCUGUAGGAAAUCUACGCUGGAGAGCUCCUAUCCCACCCAAAGGCGUCAAAAAGACCAUACAGGAUGGCAGCAUUGGCAAAAUCUGCCCUCAACAAUCUCCCAACUGGACAAUCACCGCGAUACAGUUUGCAACGGCAUGGGCAACGAACCAGCUUCCGUUAAACUACACCGAGGCUGAGAAAAUCGCCAACAGUACUCCGCAGACUACAGAUCCGCGAACUACAGAAGACUGUUUGGUCUUGGAUGUGAUUGUUCCCAAAGCUGUCUUGGAUAAAAAGAAGUCCCAUGGUAAAAAGGCUCCAGUGUUAGUAUGGAUCUAUGGAGGUGGAUACGUGAGCGGAACAAAAGAGUCUUGGGGUACUCCCAAUCGCAUCAUCUCUGCUUCUCAAGAAGAUGGAAGUUAUGGAAUUAUCUGGGUCGCCAUGAACUACCGCCUCGGCGCGUUUGGCUUCCUUGCCGGACCCACCAUGCAGAAAGACGGCACAGCCAACGCAGCAUUGUACGAUCAACGCCUAGCUCUGCAAUGGGUACAGGAGAAUAUUGCCAAAUUUGGCGGAGACCCUGAUAAUGUCACCGUCAUGGGCGAAUCAGCCGGCGCAGGAUCCAUCAUGUUCCAUCUCCUUGCUCAGGGGGGCAAACAACCCGUUCCAUUCAAGAGAGCGAUUGUACAAUCCAUACCGCUGACCGUCUUGAUUGACUCUGCGCAGCAGGAGAGUAGCUUUCAAAAAUUUCUCAAAAUCCUCAAUGUCAAGUCGUUGGAAGAAGCCAGACGACUGCCUUCGAGUGCCCUCAUCGCUGCCAAUGUCCGCCAGAUUGGAGCUGAGCCGUAUAAUGAGUUUGCCUUUAGCCCUUCUGUUGACAAUGUCUAUAUUCCUGGUCCACCUGCCAAGUUGCUGCUUGAAGGUGCAUUCGCCAAGGGCAUUCCAUUAUUGUCCUCUCAUACGAGCUUCGAGGGUACAUUAUUCACUGAUCCUCGGACUAUUGGAAAUGAAACGGCAUUGGCAAACAGACUUCAAGCUAUUUAUCCGCUGAUGGGAGAAAAAGACCUCAACUAUGUGCUCAACACUCUCUAUCCGGCCGUUUACGAUGGCUCUCAUCCAUACGAAACUAGUGUUGACCGAAACAUCUUGAUGGCGAAUGAGAUGUAUUUUGCUGCUGCCCAUCAAGCCCUGCUUCAAGCUACUAUCCAUCGUGGAACAGAAGUGCAUGCAUGGGAAUUUUCAGUGCCGCCGGCUAUCCAUGGAAGCGACAUUGCAUAUACAUUCUAUGACGGCGCUGCAGGUGUAGAUCUUCAUGUCGCUAGCAUUAUGCAGCACGCUAUUGCUGGAUUCGCAAAGGGCGGAGAGCCUGACGCGGGGCCGUUGGGAUUCGCGUUUCCUCGCUACGGAAAGCAGGCGACGACGGUCAGUCUCAACAUUAAUUCCUCGGUCACUAUCUCUGACCCGACGUGGAAUAACAGAACUUUGUGGCUGGCGCAGACCUCGUGGAUUGGAUGA